AUCUCUUUCCUUCGAAAUUGUGAAAUGGAAAUAAGGAUUCAAUUUGAGAGUCCGACGUUUUUGGUUUAUUUCAAUUUUCAAUUUUCUACAAUUUUUUUAAUUAAAUUUAGUGGCUGAAUUUCAAAAACCGGACGAGCGGCUCGAUCGGCUCGAACGGCUAAACGCCUCGGCCGCUCGCCAACCGCUACAUAAAACCGGAGCGGCUUUAGACUGUUCUGAGCCGGUUUUGUGACCGGGUGGCGGUUUUACAGGUCGGGCCGAGCGGCUCGGCUCGGCUUUAAUAACACUGAUAAAAAGUAUAUAUGGGUUUGGGGGGUUUGUAAAUGGGUUUGGGUUAUAUAUGGAUAUUCCUUCCAUAAUCUAAAUGGGUAUGGGUAGGGCAUGAAUAUCCAUUUAUUUGAUGGUGUUUUAACUGCACAUACAAAAAUUGGACCUAUAUGUAAAACUUAAAAAAGUUUAGGUAUCAAAAUAUAAGGCCAAAAAAAUUAGAUACCAAAACCUAAUUUUCCAUCGAUAUUUUGAGAACUUAAAUGUAAAAUUGGUACUAAAUUUGUAGAUCAAUUAAGUUUAGGUAACAAACUGUAAUUUGCAUUUGGGCAUAGGUACAAACCCAAAUCUAUGUAUUAAAAAUCCAGCCCAACCCAAAUAUAUGGGUGUGGAUAUAUACCCAUCAAACUCUAGGAAAUUUUCCGGAUAUACCACACAAAAACUAAAUAUUCCAAAAAUACCACCAAUUUUCGAAAAAAUCCAAAAAUACUAACAUUUUUUAAAAAAGUCGCGGCCCCCUAUGGCUGUUGGAAGGUAAUUGAUCCGGACUAUGCUGGCGCAAUGGAUCAGGUGCUUCGGUUCACAUCUGGGAAGACACAUGACUGCCGACGUGCCCGCCUUCUCGACAUGUAUUUCUGCCUAGUGUCUCUUUACCUGGGGCCCAUGUAUCUUCUUUGAUUGAUCAUGGAUCUCGCAAUUGGAAGGUAACUCUCCUCACCUCUUUAUUUGAUGUGUAUAUGGUCCAAAUUAUCAUAUAUAUUCCUCUUUCCAUCUUUCCCGUGUCUGACCAUCUUGUGUGGCACUACAAGAAACCAGAUGAGUACUCUGUUAGGUCAGGAUAUAGGGUGACCUUUGCUAAUUAUAUUCAUAAUUCUUCCACCAUUCCUCCGAUUCUUUAUUCUUCGGCUUGUAAUUUGUUAUGGUCCUUGAAUGUUCCUCCUAAAUUACGUUUUAUUCUCUUGCGUGUCAUUAAAGGGUAUCUUCCCUUAAGAGAUAUACUUAGAGAGAGAAUUAAUUGAUGAUGAAGAUUUUUCAGGCUGUAAAGUUCCCUGUUUGUGAGUAAGCUCAUGAGACUUUAUUGCAUUCGUUUAUGCACUGCAUGGUGGCUGUGGAUUUUUGGAACCAUGUUGGUUUUAAUCAUUUACAGAUACAGGUUUACAAAAUGCAUGUAUCUAUGGACUGGCGGUGGUUAUUUUUUCAUGCAGGUAUUCCCAUGGAAGUUCACAGUCGUCUAGUCUUUGCAUACUAGCGCAUUUGGAAGGCUCGGUGCUCUACAACUUAAGAUCAUGUCCAAUAUCUCUCAACCACCAUGGUGUGACAUUUCCAAUCUCAAGUGGAGGAAUGGUCCUCUACUCAAGCAGCUUUAACCUCAAAUAAUCGUCAUGCUACUGUUCCUCCUGGGAUUCACAGUCACACUCCACUUCCAAUUACGUCGAGUUCCUUCUUUGUCCACUUUGAUGGUGCUACGAAAACCACUGUCAGGGAGGAGUUGAGUUCGUUGGUUAUACAGGACCAACCGAUAUUCACUUUUCGUUUGGGAAGUUUUACGACGGUUUGGAUGACACAUUCAUCAUUGAGCUCAUGGCCCUCCGGGAUGCCCUCCGGUGGUGUCUUUCUAAAUCGAUCUCUAAUGUCUCAUUCUGUGGUGACACACAAGUGAUCAUUCAAAUGAUUAAUCAUAAGGACUUAAGCCAUGCUUUGGGUGGUAGCCUCCUUUUAGAGAUUCAGGUACUCCAUUUCUCCAUGCAACUUGCAUCGUUCCACUUCGCUCCGCGUAAGUACAGUAGAGUAGUCCAUGUCGUGGAGAAACAAGCCCUCUCAUCGUGGGAUCGCUGGUUGGUCGACCAUCGACUCUUCCUUAUUUCUUCUUUGUAAAAUCAUAUGAGUUCAUAUCAGCUCAUACCAAUAUCAUAUUAGUUCAUCCCAAGUUCAUGUCAUUCAUAUUAAGAGUUUUGAAGAGUUCCUUUUUCUUUACUCAAAACAUAGCAAAAUGGAUAUCAAUGUGUAGAUCGUAAUUAAUGCGUUCUUUCUAUGCUAAAUUUUUUAAAUUCGGAGUUAAAACGAAUUCUGUAGAAUUGGAUUAAGAAAAAUAGAAGAUUAGAAAAAAAUGCAUUCUCGCCUCUCUGGAUAUGUGUCAGGGUAUCAGCAAAAAGAAACCCAGGAAUGGUGCAGUUACCAAUCAACCCUCCUUUUUGUUUGUUAUGGAUUAAUGGAGACCAUCAAAUCUUCUAUGGAUCGAAUGGAUGAGGAUUGAGUUUUGUAGAGUUUUGUAUUUUAUGGUUUUAUAUAGAAAUCGCUCAUGUUUUAUAAUAUGUUUCGCUCCGCUUUUCUUACAACGGUUUAACAAUUAAUAUUUAUCAAAAUAUUUUAGUAGAAAAAGUGUCUAAUUAGCCUAGGAUGUUACCGAUUAGAGAAAAAAAUCUUUUUUAAAAAAUGUAUCGCCACAUUAGGCUACUGCUGAGAAAUUAGUACGAGGAGGAAAAUAAGAAGAAAAGGGGGGAAAAUGGGAGGUGGGAGCCAGGAGCCGAAAAAGGAGUGUGGCAAUAGAAAGCGCGCGCAAAGAGUUGAGCGGUGGAGUGGUGGUGAGAGAUGAGAGGUAAGUGGUAAGCGAUAAGAAGCGCAUCAUCAUCAUCGACAAAGCCAAACAACACAACCCACCAAAAACCUGAAGCACAGGAAAAUCGGAACCCAAAUCCAACCGAAUCCACAAGUUUCAAAUCAUCUUCUGCCACCCAAAACCCUUUGCCUCUAUCUCCUUGCUUCCUCGCUCGGCGCUGCUGCCAAGUGAAAAACUAAAGAGCAAUGGUGAUGGCUAUGGCUGCCAAGUUUCAAAUCAUCUUGAAGCGUCCUACUGGUCUGGAACUCAUACCCUCAGAGAACUUCACUUCUGUGUCAGUGAUGCAAGCAGUUGGAUCGGUCAUGACCAACAAGUAUAGUGAAGGGUACCCUGGUGCUAGAUACUAUGGAGGAAAUGAGUACAUUGACAUGGCAGAGUCCUUGUGUCAGAAGCGUGCACUCGAAGCAUUCAGGUUGGAUCCUGCAAAAUGGGGAGUCAAUGUGCAGCCUCUAUCUGGUUCUCCUGCCAACUUCCAUGUCUACACUGCCUUGUUGAAACCUCACGACAGAAUAAUGGCUCUUGAUCUUCCUCAUGGUGGGCAUCUUUCGCAUGGUUACCAGACAGGCACCAAAAAGAUAUCUGCAGUAUCAAUAUUUUUUGAGACAAUGCCAUACAGACUGAAUGAGAGCACUGGUUACAUUGACUAUGAACAGAUGGAGAAGAGUGCCGCUCUUUUUAGACCAAAAUUGAUAGUGGCGGGUGCUAGCGCAUAUUCUCGUCUUUAUGAUUAUGCAUUCAUUCGGAAGGUUUGUGACAAACAAAAGGCCGUCUUGUUGGCGGACAUGGCUCACAUUAGUGGGCUGGUUGUAGCUGGUGUGGUCCCAUCACCAUUUGAUUAUGCAGAUGUGGUUACCACCACAACUCACAAGUCCCUUCGUGGCCCAGGUGGAGCCAUGAUUUUCUUCAGGAAGGGAGUUAAAGAGGUCAACAAACAAGGAAAGGAGGCGUUGUAUGACUAUGAAGACAAAAUUAACCAAGCCGUCUUUCCUGGACUUCAAGGAGGUCCGCACAACCACACAAUCACUAGUUUAGCAGUCGCACUGAAACAGGCUACAACUCCAGAGUACAGAGCUUAUCAGGAACAAGUGCUUAGAAACUGCUUCAAGUUUGCUGAGGCUUUAGGGGAGAUGAGAUAUGACCUAGUUUCUGGGGGAACUGAAAACCACUUAGUUUUGGUGAAUUUGAAGAACAAGGGUAUUGAUGGCUCCAGGGUUGAAAAAGUGCUGGAGGCUGUUCAUAUUGCUUCAAACAAGAACACGGUUCCCGGGGAUGUGUCUGCCAUGGUUCCUGGUGGCAUCAGGAUGGGAACCCCAGCUCUUACGCCUAGGGGAUUUGUUGAGGAGGAUUUCGUGAAGGUUGCUUACUUCUUCGAUCUUGCUGUUAAGAUUGCAGUGAAUAUUAAGACUGCAAGCAUAGGGACAAAGCUGAAGGACUUUGUAGCGACAAUGCAGACCGCCAAUUUCCAAUCUGAGAUUGCCAAGCUCCAUCUUGAUGUUGAAGAAUACACGAAGCAGUUCCUAACAAUCGGCUUUGAGAAAGAAACCAUGAAAUACAAAAUCUAAACAAGGCGCAGGUUAGAAGGGUUUGCCAUGAGGUUCUUAUCUUCAAUGGAAGUAAAACAAAGGGAUCUUACAUCGAAGUCAUGAAGCAUUAUGUAUGAAGAUGUAAAUGCUGGCCUUUCUUGUAUUACAAAUGCCUGUAAAUCCCCGAAACCAACCUCUGUUUUAUGUCUAUACUACUAAAUACAUACAAAUGAAAAGCUAAUUGGUUGGUGCCCAAUCGCAAGAAAGAAUAAACGUGUGCAACCCUUACUUCACUCUGAGAAAGUUUUAGUUUACCGGAGGUGGCGGGUCAAAGUGUCGAGAUAAGUACACUUGUGUUUCAAUGUGCAAGAUGCCAUGAUAUGUGAGAAUUGAAAGUUGAGAUUACUUUUCUGAUAAAUAUCCCUAAGCCUGUUUGGAUAGAAAAAAAAAACUAAAGAAUUCUUCCAUUUCUAUAUACUAUGUUUGGAAUGAUGAGAAUGUUGAGAACUGAAUUUCAUUUGGUCUAAAAUUUGGGAAUGUAAUUCCUAUCGAAAGUGAUAGGAAUUGAGUCAAUGGAGAUGGAAUUAGUGAGACCCAUCAAUAUUUAAUAUUAUUUUAUUGAUCCACUAUAAUUUUACUCUCUUUUUCUCUCAUUCAUAUUUCAUUUCCCAAGAUAAAACAAACAUAUUACAUUAUCUAUUAUUGUUAAAAGUGCAAUUCAUUUCCAUUGUUACAGGAAUUAUACCAAACACUAGAAUCGAAAAUGAAAUUUUAUAAAAAUGAAAAAUGAAAUUCCAUUUCCUUUUCCAUUUCUUCCAGAAUUGUAUCCAAACAGGUUUUUUUUAUGUGAAAACGAUGUCAAUCAUUAAUUGUGAUAUGAUAGACAGGAAACCUCAUGAAUUUAAAAAAAUCAUUAAGUAUUCAAAAUGGCUAUUAUGAGGCGGGUGCAUUCAAAGUGAGUACACCGAAGACACCAUCAUUUAAAGAUAUAUAUAUAUAUAUAUAUAGUGGCGUCUUCGGUGCACUCACUUUUUUGGGUGCAUUCAUUGCACUCACUUCAUAACCAUCAUUUUAAACAUGCGAUUCAUGUCAAAAUGAUGUCAAUCAUCACUUAUGAUGUCAAUCAUCACUUAUGAUGUGAUGAACAAUAACACACAUGAAUUUGCACAACAACCAUUGAAGAUUUACUUUAAUUUGAAGGAUUUAGAGUUUAGAGAUUUAGGGUUAGGGUUUACAAUUUAGGGUUUACAUACCGUUUGAUAUAAAUGAAUUCCAUAAGUUUUGAGGAAUUCAUUUUCAAAUGAAAUUUUUUUGUGUUUGGUAUUUAAAAGAAUUCAUUUCCAAUUCUAAAUUUUGAAUUCUAUAGAAUUGGUACUAGUUAUAGCAAUUCCGAGGAAUUGACAUUGAAUUUCCAAAUGAAUUCCACAACUAUUUACUAAUUAUAAUAGAAUGACAUAAUUAUCCUUUUUAUUAACUAAAUUACUUACAUAUAUGACAUACCAAACAUAGAACUUCAUUUGACAAUGAAUUCUACGUGACAAUUCAUUUUAUUUUUAAAGAUUUGAAUAUGACAUACCAAACAAAAGAUUUCAUUUGACAAUGAAUUCUACACGGUAAUUCAUUUUACAAUGAAAUUAAUUCUUAAUU